AUGUCCAGCCCGCCUCGUAACGCCGAAAAUGCCGCACCCGCGACCCUGGUGAGCCCCGCGCAUUCGUCGUCGACGUCGUCGCCCACUCCUACCACCACAAACACCACCACUACUGCCCCCGUCUCCAUUUCCAAGCCUUGCGAAAGUGACGGUCCGUCCGACCCAGCUGCCCCCGCGGCUGGUGCUGACGGGUCUGCCGCAGAUCCUGGAGCUGGAUCGGAUGCUGCUGUUGCUGCCGCUGCCGCCCAGCUCCAGCAACAACAGCAACCGCCUCUGCCCUCAUCCCUCCCGCCAUCGCAUCCAGACACCCCCCUAGCCCAAGCUGCAGAUCUACCCCCUGCCACGGCCGCUGUCACCCAGUACCAGCAGGAUGUCUCGAGCCAUGUCGACCCGAAUAUUAAAAAGCCCCGAGGCCCUGCCGCCCUCCCGAGGCAGUCCGGUCCGUCCUUGCUAACCCAAGCACUCGCCUCAGCUCGCGGCAUCCCUUCGAGAACACACUCUCACCAAGAUCAACCAUCCCAACCCCAGACCCAGUCGUCGACUCGCUCCUUGCCCUCUCCUACCGCCGAAUUCGCCCCAAACAACCCCUCUGCCGCUGCUGGCCCGGAUCCCCUCGCCGUCGACUCUCGCAAUGUCCUCUCCCUUCCCGGCCAUGGUGCCUCAGUAACUCCUCGAAGCGCCCCCCAGCCUGGACCUCUACCGCCUCUCGACCUUGCCGACUCGACCGACGCUGCCCAGUCCCCCGCCGCCGACAUGGAGAUUAUGACAUCCCCCACCUACGACAUCUCUAGCUUCCAGGGUAUCAGGGCAAUGUUGCUGGACCACCGGGACUUUCUCAAGGGUACGCGAUCGCGGGGCAGGGGGUCGUCGUUGGAGCGGCUUGACCCGGAGUCGAAAGUAACAGGACGCCCCCGCAAGACGCGCGCCCAUUCACAUUCCACCAGCCCGGAGGCAUCUCUGACCACCUCCAUCGCCCCCUUGGAUCAGAAGCUACACCAGGACGUUGCCGUGCCAGAGGGACGACCUAAGAAAUUGGAGCAGCGCUUCUCAGUCGGGCCGGAAAAGAUAUGGUCAAUUGGGUCGAGUGAGGCCAUUGACGGCCAGGAAGACGGCCAGGUUGAGAAGUCGGUCCAUGAGGCCAUGAUUGGUGCCGAACCCAACGCCCGUAGUCGCAAGGCCAGCUACAGCCUCCGGUUUUUCCGCGAGGGAUUGCCAAAGGAGGAGAAGACGCCUGGCCGCAGAAAGGACACCCGCCCCAAGGAGAAGCUCUCCCUGAGCCAUGAGUCGCAAGAGCCGCUAUUUUCAGACAUUGCCAUUGAGGAUUUCGCCAAGGCUGCGAGCGCGCAGCCAUCUCCGAGGAUCCUCGACAAGAAGGACUGGUUGCCAAAGCAGCUGGAGAGGGUCAAGACCUUUCCUCUACAGUCGCCCCAGGCCGGUGAAACCCCUAUCCUCACCGACUCGCCGACCCAAGAUUACUUUGGCUUGAGAAAGGUCAACGGCGAUAUUUUCCACAAGGUGGACUCGGAGGAUGCCAGACAAGCCGGUACCAAGGCCUCGUUCAAGCCCGAGGAUUCCGAGGACCACGCUUCACCUCCUGCGGUUGAAGUGACCCAGGCAGACGAAACCCGGCGCCCGUCCGCCGACAUCAGCGAACACGGUGAAAGCCAUGAAGAGGGGGACGAGUCGAGCGAGGAGAAGAUUUCUUCUGCCGUCUUCGUACCGCACCCCGGAUUAGAAGAAGCCACCGAGCGCGAGCGGGAUGUGGCGAAGCCAAGACAGACGGCAGGCUCCCGCACCACCUCCAGAGCGGAGGAUUUCCAUCCUUGGCUUGUCAAAGCCGAUGAGCCCGAGCCCGAAGAGGAGCUGUCCCUGUCCCCCGACCAGCCUCCCGACACACCUUCGCACAAACCGAAGCCGAAGCGAUUGCCUGUAGAGCAUAAUGUUGCUCUCCGCGAGGUCCAGCCUGGCACCGUCGAUGACAUUGCCAUAGAAGAAGAGCAGGAGCCGCCGACGCCUAAACAAAUCACUACACAUCUAGAUGAGCAUACCCACCACCACCAAAUCGAGCAAAAAGAGCCUCUCGAGGCUAUUGAGCUCAUUCCCUACAAGCAUCAGGUUGGCGGUCACACCACGCUCUGGCGUUUCUCCAAGAGGGCUGUGUGCAAACAGCUCAACAACAGGGAGAACGAGUUUUAUGAGAAAGUGGAGCAAGACCAUCCGGACUUGCUGUCGUUUCUUCCUCGGUACAUUGGUGUGUUAAACGUCACCUUUCACAAGCAGCCUCGGCGCAAGUCGACCCAUAGGCGCGAGGACGCUCCCGUCUUGGAGCGCAGAAAGACUGGAGAAAGUGGUUUGGCAGUCUCAGGGUCGCCUUCCAAAUCCAGCUCCAGCAAUGGCAAUUCAAACGGCGCAUCCCAGGCCAACACGGAACACCGCAGAAUAAUCAGCCAGUCACUCUCCAACGCACCGGAGCCCAUCCCCACUGUCACUUUUGACGAUAACUGGCACAUUUUGCCACGAAACCUGCUUCAACCGACGCCGCCCCCUACCGCCUUGCCGACCCGGGGCCGGAGUACAUCACCCGUGGGCUUGCCUGACAACCCUGAGCAAAGCAAAAUGGAGUCUCCUACAAGACCUAGCUUGGACGACAGGCACGCCAACAGCUGGGGAGCGACGACCGUCAACAAGCGGUUGCGCAACGAGGUGUUCAACGACGUCUUCUUGAAGCAGCCAAUUCCUAUCCACAAGCACCGUCGACCUCACCAAAAGUCGAUGGCCUUCCGGAAGCAGCCCACCCUGCGACCAGCCAGCUCCGUUCCUGACCUUGUGCGCCGGCAAGACCCGUCUGCCCAAGAAGGUCACGCGCCCCUGCACUCCAGCCCGCUACGGCCAAGCAGUUCUUCGCCGCCCUUGACGGAAAGCAUCCCGAUGGAGCGCCCCGAGCGUCCUGGCCACGCAGAGGCAGUAGAAGCCGAGGACGGCGAUGUCAAGGACGUGACUGGCACGAGUGCACCGGAACCUGAGACACUGGCGGACAAGAUCAUUGCGCAGAAGAAGAAGCGGCGGUACUCUGGAACAGGGCUCCGACGGAAGCCACGAACAGUCACAGAGUCUAGAGGGCAUCUCAAGUACUGGGAGGAGGCGGACGACGCUGGCUAUAGAGGCGAGGACGAAGGUGGGCAAUCUCUUGUCACAUCGCAAGUAAACUCGCCCAUGAUCGAAGCACCGAAUACGAAUGGUGCGGGUUCCCAUGAAGGAGCUGAGGAACAACUGAGUCUUCCGGGCUCUGCCACAGAUGCCCCUGAAACCGAAGCCUCAGCCGAGGUUGACCGUUCAACGUAUGCCUCGACGGUGCCCUCUGAGGUGCCGAGUCCCACCCAAGAGUUCCGCAAGAUCCCGCGACCCGUGAACCCCAAGGAAGCACAGACGCAGAGGGACUCUCGCGUGGAGUACUUUCUCUUGUUGGAGGACCUCACAGCAGGCAUGAAGCGGCCAUGCAUCAUGGACCUGAAAAUGGGCACCAGACAGUACGGUGUCGAUGCCACGCCCAAGAAGCAGAAGUCGCAGCAGGGCAAGUGCGCCAGGACAACAUCUCGUGAACUUGGCGUGCGUGUGUGUGGGCUCCAGGUUUGGGAUGUCAAGAGCCAGAGCUACGUCUUCAAGGACAAGUACUUUGGACGUGACCUCAAGGCUGGCCAAGAAUUCCAGGAUGCUCUGACACGAUUCCUCUACGACGGCGUCGACUACGCCAGCAUCCUGCGGCACAUCCCGACCAUCCUGCAGAAGCUAGACCAUCUCGAGUCGAUCGUCAAGACGCUAGACGGCUAUCGCUUCUACGCCGCCAGUCUUCUCAUGUUUUAUGAUGGCGACACGGCCACCGAGGGUAACGAAUACGAUACAGUCGUUGACGAUUCUACGACUGACUUUGCAACCGACACGGAGGAGACGUCCGCGUUGCGCGAAAGGAGAAAGCAGAAGAAGAAGCGCGGCAUCAACUUCAAGAUUGCCGAUUUUGCAAACAGCCUAACCAAGGGCGACCUGGCCGAGGGGAAGCCAUGCCCGCCUCAGCAUCCCAAUGAGCCGGAUCGUGGCUUUCUCCGAGGCCUUCGAACGUUGAGGAAGUAUUUCCUCAAGAUCCAGAAAGAUACCCGGGCUGCCAUGGGCCUGGACUGUCAUGGACGGAGUAACAGAGUGGACGGUGAUGAUAUCGACAUUGACCAUAUCUCGGACGAUGAGGGGUCUGUCAGCGUAUGA